AUGGACCGUUCGCCGGGGCGUCCCGUCCGCUACAUACCGCGGCGCUCGGGUAACUCUAACUCAGAUGACCAGAAUGAGAACACUGUACGCGUCUGGGUCGGCAACAUCCCACCUUCGGUAAACUUUUCGUCGUUAAUAUCGGCUCUGCGGGAGUGCGAACUACCCACGUGGACACAUGUGUUACUGAGGAAGGGCGCCCAUCGGAAUUUCGCGUUUAUUUCCUUCACCAAUCAUGAGGAUGCCACAUUGUGCGCACAGAUUCUCCACCAUCGCCGCGUCUUCCCAGACUCUGACCUACCUCUGAAGGCGCAAUUGGAGACGCCUCGCGAUGGUGGCGAUUUAUCAUCCACCACUGCCAAUUCAGAUGACUUAAAGGUCACAUAUGGCGGCAACCGCCAAAGAUCGGGCUACAGACGCAACAUGACCAGUACAACUCACGUGUACGAAAUGUUGCAGGACGCAGACGAGUCGACGCUGUGGCACGUCUACAAAAACGAGGACGGCAUCCCGUACUACUACAAUCACAUCACGGGUUGCACGCAGUGGGAGAGUCCGGUUCCACCGUUGGUCGCGGUUGCGAACUCGGUGAACGAGCGUACCCGUGGGGUGUCUCCGGACGGCGCAAAUUUGUUUAUUUUCCACAUCCCGCCGUGCUGGACGGACAAAGAUCUUGCUAUGCACUUCACUCCUUUCGGCAACGUUGUUUCAGCCAGGGUGCAGAAAGACGGGAAUGGACACAACGCAGGUUGGUGUUUGCUUGCUCUUAUGUCUGCACUGUUCGCCGACACUGCUGACUGGCAUUCAGGUUUCGGCUUCGUUAGUUACGACAACUGCCAAAGUGCAGCUGCGGCGCUACGCUUAAUGAAGGGCUACGCCACUAACUCUAAAUUUUUAAAGGUCGAGUACAAGAUUAAGGACAGCCCACGCAGCUAA